UAUGGAGUUGAUUUCUCUUCCUCUAGUUCUCUUGCUGAUUUUAAACAUCCAAUCUGAACAAACUGAAGGAUGGACCUGGUGGCCAACUCCAUCCAACCCUACUGGAGACACACUUCCUACUUUACAAUACAGUGAAACACCACCAAUGACAUCACUACAUGAAUGGACCUGGUGGACUACUUCACCCACCACUACUGAAGACACAUUUACUACUUUACAAUACAGUGGAUCACCAGAAAUGACAACAGAGGAUAGACCAACAUUUCAAGUGUCUGUUUGGCCUGAUGAUCAUGUAUUCAGAGGAGAAACUGUCAAUCUCACAUGUGUCAUCAAUGGAGGAGGAGUCAGGAGGUGGCAGUACAGCUGGUAUAAAGAUUAUCCAACCAUCCAGAAGAAUAAACGUCAGUAUUACACAAUCAGAUCUGUUACUGAGUCUGACGCAGGUAAAUACACAUGUAAAGGAACAGAGAUCAGAGGAUCACGAUACUCACUCAUCAGUAAUGCAGUUACACUGACAGUAUCAGUUUUAAGUGUUUCUCCACAGCAGUGGUUGACUGAAGGAGAUUCAGUGACUCUGAUGUGUGAGGUUAUAAAAUCAUCUACAGGCUGGACAUUCAGCUGGUUCACUGUACAGAAUCCCUCCUCAGACAGCAUUAGAGGAUCUAAAGGCAUCUACACAGUGAGUUCAGUGACUGUGAAGCACACAGGAGUUUAUAUGUGCAGAGCAGAGAGAGGAGAUCCAGUCUAUCACACAGAGUACAGUAACACACAAACACUGUGGAUCACUGGUGUUUCUCCUUCAGUCUCUCUGAUCAUCAGACCCAACAGAUCUCAACACUUCUCAUCUGAAUCUCUCUCUCUGAGCUGUGAGGAUCACAGUAAAUCUACUGGAUGGACAGUGAGAAGAUACACAGACAAACUGAAACCUUGUUCAUCAUCGGCCUAUCAAUCAGAACCAGAAUCUACAUGUACAAUCAGAUAUCUCGACACAUCUGAUACUGGAGUGUACUGGUGUCAGUCUGAAUCUGGAGAGAAACUUCAUCCUGUUAAUAUCUCAGUACACUAUGUUGAUGUGAUUCUGGACAGUCCUGUUCAUCCUGUGACUGAAGGAGAUCCUCUGACUCUACACUGUUUAUAUCGACUUAACCCCCAAACUAAAUUUCAUAAAGAUAAAUCAGUGGUGCAGAGUCAGAAUAAAGACAACGUGAUGAUCAUACCUUCAGUCUCAAAGUCACAUGAGGGUUUCUACUACUGUGAACACACAGAUAGAGGAGAGUCUCCGGAGAGCUGGAUCUCAGUCAGAGAAGCUCAGGUGAAGAUGUCUGGACUCAAGAUUUUCAUUUUUCUGCUGGCAGUUUGUCCAUAUCUGAUAGCAACAGCCGUGCUGGUUAUCAAAUUCUACAGAUUGAAAGUUACUCGCUCAUCUGUUGAAGAUCAGUUGCAGUAUGCAGUGAGAGAAGAUGAAACAUCAAUUUGAUAUGAACGUGUUGUGAGUGCAGUCAAGCAUCAGUCUGUAAUCUAUCAAGAGCUGCGUUUAAAUGGACAAUUGUAAAUGUUUUUUAAAUGUUUUUAACAUUUUUAAAUGUUAAAUCCAAAAGAAAAUGCUCCAUGUAAACAACUCAAUCAAAAUAAUAAGAGCCAAACUGAUUAAAAAUGUUUGUAAACACA